GCAACGCUCGGCGCCGCCUUUGCUCUUUCGUAUUGCUCCCCUUGCUCGCAAUCCUAGGCACGAGCUAGCUUCGUAUCAUCGUCGGCAGGAUCACCGAAUCACGACUCGAAGGACAAACGACGUUGCCUCAGCGCACUCUUCUUGGCGAUUGCAUCAACAUACGCACGUCCAAAGAGGUCAAACGCGUAGCCACGAUAAUCUCGACGCUGCACCUGCCGACGACACCAUCUACCUCUCGACAUCCUCGACGAAGCUAGAAAGACUGUAUCAUGGCUCGUGACAGGCUCGCAGCAAUGAGGGCGCAGCAGGCAGGAGGCGGUGGAGCUGGUGGUUACGGUGGAUACGGAGGUGGUAACAACGGCUAUGGCGAGCACGCUUACCCGACACAGCAGACGGGUUACACGCCCGGCGGGUUUGCGGGUCAGCAGCAGCAGGGAUACGGGCAGCAGCCGCAGGCCGGCUAUGGGCAGCAGGGUGGUUACGGUCAACAGCAAGGUGGAUAUGGUCAGCAGGGAGGCUAUGGCCAGCAGCAAGCUGGCUACGGUCAACCUCAACAGGGCUAUGGCCAGCAGCAGGGCGGCUACGCGCAGCAGGACCCCUACACCGUCCCUGCAAAUGGCGCCGCCAACAACUACGAGAUGCAGGAGAAGCCUGGAGGAGCCGGUGACAUGAAUUCCUUCUUUGGCGAAAUCUCAGCCAUUCAGGACAUGAUCCGCCAGAUCGAGGACAAUGUUCGUCGCAUCUCUGACCUGCACAACCGCUCCCUCAACAACGUCGACGAGGCUGCCUCGCAGCAAGCUCACGCUCAGCUGUCCGGCAUCUCGUCAGAGACGUCCAAGCUGACGAACACGGUCAAGAACCGCAUCAAGAAGUUGGAGGCGCAGAACAACAAGGUGCCAGAGGGAGGAGACAAGAAUGUGCGAAGGACGCAGGUUGGUUCGCUGAAGAAUCAGUUCAAGGGGGUGAUCCAGAACUACCAGGAGGUUGAGCAGCAAUAUCGCCAAAAGUAUCGUCAGCGCCAAGAGCGUCAAUUCCGCAUCGUCAAGCCCGAUGCCACGCCCCAAGAAGUCAAGGCAGCGCUCGACGACGAUUCUGGCGGGCAGAUUUUCUCUCAGGCCCUGCUCAACUCGAACCGCCAUGGCGAGGCUCGUGGUGCGCUGCGUGAGGUACAAGAGAGACACGAGGACAUCAAGCGUAUCGAGAAGACCAUCGUCGAACUCGCCCAACUCUUCCAAGAGAUGGACAUCCUCAUCUCGGAGCAAGACGACCAAGUCAACGCUAUCGAGGCCACGGCAGUCAACGUCGAGCAGGACAUGUCCGCUGGUCUGGCCGCAACGGGCAAAGCGGUCAACUCUGCGCGUGCGGCGAGGAAGAAGAGAAAGAUCUGCUUCAUCAUCAUCGUCAUCACUAUCCUGGUCAUUGCGGCCAUUGUGGCUGCGGUGGUGUGCACAAAGAGCGACACGGCAUGUGGAAGAAAUGGGGGCAGCAGUGGUAGCGGGGGAACGCAACAGAGGCGUGCGCUGGCGCUGGGAGGUGGACAGGAAUACGGUGAUAGACUCGAGCUCUGGAGCAGGGCGCAGAUGGGGAGAGCAUUUGGUGUCGAGCAGUGAGAGUGAUCAUCACGCUCGUCCAAUCUCCGCUGCUGCCUCAUUCAGCCUUUCAUUUCUUCUGUUCAUCUUGGCCAGCGGCGCUCCUAUUUCGCCGUCCUCUUUCUUCCUUGUUACUCUUGCCUCUUGUCUUCCUCCACACACACACGCUCACGCACACACACUUGCACACACACUCUC